AUGGCUCAUUUCCAUAACUCAUCUACUGGGGGCGGAGACUACGACUAUCCUGACGAUUUUACGGACAUAUCUGACGACCAAGACCUGCCAUUACCGGAGCAGUCAGAAAGCGCUAUCAACGGUGGCAACGUGGACGACGGCGAGUUCCCCUUCAGGGUAGGCGUCCGGGGGACACGCCCGUCUGCUGCGGCCGCAGCCGGAGCCCCGGCUGCAAUCGACUCACACCAGCGGGACCCGUGGAUCAUGCAGCUCGGCACGGGGGAUUCAGGUCCCAGCAGUCCCAUCGCGUCGGGGCUCACGCAGGCGCGCUUCACUGGCAGUGCUAGUAUUGGGGCCGGCAUGGCGCCGCUGCGAAAUACCUCCAUCACAUCCGGGCGGUCGCUAUUCGGACCCUUCGGGUGCAGCAGCCUGCAGCACCGGGACUCGCUGGGAACAACGCAGCCGCACCCGCUGGCGCAUUCAGGGCAGCAUUACCAACACGUUUUGCCACAACAGGCGCCACGCCCCCCUCAGUCGCCGGUGCAGCAGCGGACACAGACACUCACAUCUGAGCAGCAGCAGCGGCCAAGGGACCAGGGCCGAGACCGGCCGAGCCGUACUGAUGCUACCCUGUCGGAAGUGGAUGAGGCCAGUGGCGAAGGCGACGAGGUUGGGGCCGAACGGGGCGGUGCUGACAGGGAUCCUUGGUCGUACCUCGACGCGGAUCCGUUUGUACUCGCCGCGUCGUCCUCCUGCUCCUCGUCCCUUUCCGCGAGCCGUGACCCCAGCCCCCAGCCGCACCCCGCCGCGUCUACACAGCCGUUUCCUAUGCCAUUUGGCAGUCGCGUCAACGGCCCUCGGCCGUGGUAUGAGGAGCCACAAUACGAGCGGCAUUUGGGGCUGGGGCUGGGCCUGGGGUUCGAAUCAGGGCUGGGCCAGCGCAGCAGUGGCAGUUACGGGGCGCGAGGGCUAAUCGAUGAAGAGGAGGACGAGGAGGCGCAGGAGCAGGAGGGCCAGCCGCGCGGGCUCGGUCGAGAGCUAGGCUCCUUCGGGGUGGAGCUUGGGGGGGGGGAAGGGCCGGCUGCGGAUACCCCGCACGGCAGCGGUGGCAGCAGCGAUAGUAGCCACAGCAGCUGGGCUGGGCAGCCCGGCCUUGACCCCGAGUAUGACGGGGCAGGACCGAGUGGCAGCCAGCCUGCUACCACCAUCACGGUUCUGUGGCCUCUGGGUGGCUCCAGGGAUGUUCUCCAUGGCGUCAGCGGUUCGCGGCUGCCGGCAGGGAUGGCGGCCGGGGAGACCAAUUGGGCUCUUGGGAGUUCGGGAGGGGAGUUGCGGCACCGGCACGCAAACCGGGCCCGGGCAAGCGAGCAGAGCGACGGGUGGCGACCGCCACAGGAUGGUGCUGGCACGGAGGAGCUGCAGGCGUCCAUCGGGGGCACCAGCAGCUCGGCUCUUCGGCGCGCUGAAGAGCCCUCCUGGGAGCACCAGUACGGGGGCGGCCUGGGCGCCAGGAGCAGUCUGGGGCUCAGCUAUGGUGGCAACAGCAGCCCCACACAUCGUUAUGGUCAACGCAGCACAUUGGCGGACAGCAACCUCAGCAGCGGCCUCGGGCCCAGCCAGCCAGCCCUCGCAUCCGCCGGCUUCAGAGGCGCGACACCUAGCGGCCUCAGGGUUUACCAUCCUAACGGUUAUAGCAAUGCUGGCGAGCAUGGCGCUGGCGGCGGCGGCGGGCUUGGAGGCGGAAACGGUCUUGGUAGCGCCGGCGGUACAACUCUGUGCUUCACGUCGAUCGACUCGCCGUCCGGGCCGUACGACCGGCGACAUGUUGUGCUGAGGUCAGCGCAACGGCGCAACACCGAGGCCUCUACGCCCAGCGUACGGCAAUACAGCGACGGGCUGGCGGGCAUGCUAACCAAUGCACAGAUCCAGGAAUGGAUGAGCCAGCACGCAUCGCGGUUGCUGCUGCCCAGGCACAUGCAGGAGAUUGCGGACAUUGUCUUUCGGCCGCCCAGCGCGGUGCCAGAGAAAAAGCCGCUUAAGCACCAACCCAGUGGCGUCACCACGUUGCCACCGCCGGUGGUGCUGGGCGGUCGCUACCCUCCUCUUCACGUGAGCCGCCUAGCCAAUGACGCGGCCUUUAUAUCGGGGCUCCUGGCUUGCCUCAGCGGCGUGGACCCCGCCAACAGCCGGGUACAGGCAGUGAUUACAGCGCUUCAGGGCAAGGACGUGGUGGUUAUGGAGGAGGCUGAGGGAGGCGAGGGCGAAACGGCUGGGAGAUUUACGCUCACUAAGAGCCUCCGGCCGCCUUCACGAAUCCAGCCCAAGUAA